AUGGGCAAACUUGACACUGUCUCACCAAAGUCCCACUCGGACUUCCCUCAGCCUCGAGAGGAUGAGGAGUCUCUCACCCUUCACAAAGAUUGGAGUCUGGAUGAGGAGAAAAGGGCUAAGCGCAAGCUUGACCUCAUCAUCAUGCCCUUGUUAACGCUUGGCUUCUUCUGCCUUCAACUCGAUCGAGGUAACAUCGCCAAUGCCCUGACCGAUAACUUCAUGGAAGAUGUCGGCGUCACCCAAAACCAGUUCAACGUCGGUCAACAGAUGCUCUCCCUCGGCAUCGUCCUCUUCGAAAUCCCCUCCAACAUGAUUUUGUACAGAGUAGGACCAGGAAAAUGGUUAACUCUUCAAUUAUUCCUCUUUGGAACAGUCAGUACAUUCCAAGCCUUCCAGAAUAACUACGGAUCCUUCGUCGCAACACGAUUCCUCCUUGGUAUCACCGAAUCUGGUUUCAUCCCCGGUGGACUCUGGACCUUGUCGACAUGGUACACGCGUAAAGAAACUGCUAAGCGUGUCAUGUUCUUCUACUUCGGAAACCAGUUUGGCCAAGCUUCUAGUAAGCUCUUGGCCUAUGGUAUUCUCCAUAUGCGUGGCGUUGGAGACAAGGCUGGCUGGUUCUGGCUCUUUGUUCUUAUGGGCGCUUUCACUGUUCUUAGCGGUGUUGUUCUGGGCUGCUGCUUGCCUGACUCCUUCAAGAAUCCCCGAAGCACAUUCCUACCCAAUGUCAAGAUCUUCAACGAAAGAGAGCUGCAUAUUCUCCAGACACGUGUUCUUCUUGAUGACCCUAUGAAGGGAAAGAAGAAGAAGAAGAUUGGCCUUGGUGCCUUCAAGAAAGCUUUCUCCAACUGGCGCCUUUGGGUUCAUGUCAUCAUCACCCUUACUAAUAAUGGCCCGCAACGUGCUUUCGACACAUACAGUCCUUCCAUCGUCAAGAGUUUCGGCUUCCAGGGUCUCACUAGUAACGCCCUCGCAUCAGUCGGUCUCUUCCUCCAGAUCCCUGUUUCGUGGUCCUUCAGCUACGUUUCUGAUCGAUUCAAUAAGAGACCAGAGACUGUCAUCGCGGGUUUGAGCAUGCACCUGUUGGGUUAUGUGUUCAACCGUAUCUUCACGGAACUCGGACGAAGAGGAGUCAGCUAUUUUGGCGUUGUCUGGACUCAGACCUUUGGUACCUUCUCACACCCUCUGAACAUCGCUUGGAUGUCUCUGGCCUGUGACGAUUCAGAAGAACGAGCACUCGCUAUGGCCAUGGUCAUUAUGGGAGCGAACAUCGCAGGUAUCUAUGGUGCCCAGAUCUUCCGAUCCGACGACAAGCCCAAGUAUCGUCGUGGCUUUACUAUCAACAUCGUUGUCCUUGCAGUUGGUCUCGCUCUUGCGGUCCUUCGAUUCUUCGACGACAAGAUCUGGCGUCGCUCCAAGGUUGCCGAGAUCCAGCAGCAGCUUGCCCGUGAAAACGGCGAUCUUAUUCAGAGCGAUGAGAAGAGUCAGAGUGAUGCUGGGCAGAAAGAUGACCGUACACCCACGCUUGGUUUCGAGAAGCAAUCUCCUGCUGAGCUGAACCCCAUCGCAAAGCCAACCCAGUGA